AUGACGUCUGCUUUCCGAAACGGCCGCAUUUUUGCACCAUCCCGAUCCUCCGGGAAUAAUAAUGAAUUCGCCGAUGGAAUGAUUAUCGAGAAUGACCGAAUUUCCUAUAUCGGAUCUCUUGAUGCCACAAUCAUCCCCGAUAAUGCGACGGUCGUUGACUUGGAGAACCGCAUUGUGCUCCCCGGGUUCAUCGACGCCCAUGUGCACAUUCUGCAAUACGGCCAUUCCCUGCGCAAAGUGAAUCUCAUUGAAUGUACCUCACUCGAGCAAAUUCGGGAUAUGAUCUCGACAUACGCAAAGGCGAAUCCAUCGGUCCCUCGCAUCCUUUGCCGAGGUUGGAUCCAGUCUUCCACCAAAGGCAUCGCCCUAGCAAGCAUGCUGGACGAUCUUGACUCGCGUCCAAUUUUUAUCGACUCAUUCGAUCUCCAUUCCAUGUGGUGCAACUCCCCUGCCCUGGAUGAGAUGAAGGCUCACUCUGCUCCUGAUCCCCCUGGUGGUACUAUCCAUCGGGAUGAAAACGGGAGGGCGUCAGGUCUGCUGGAUGAGUCUGCGUUGGUAAACCUCGCUUGGCCAUAUCUGGAGAGCACCUACUCGACAGGAGAUAAAACCAACGCCCUGGACAUGGCGGUUGCUUCAUACGCAGCGGCAGGCUACACCGGCGUCGUAGAUAUGGCGAUGGACCAGGAUACAUGGGACUUUCUCGACAAGUACCGCAGGGAAAGGCCCUUACCUUUCCACAUUGCAGCGCACUGGCUUGUCCCAUUCUCGAAUGACCAGAACGGCAACUUCAAAUAUGUGGAUCAAGCAAUCGAACUGAAGAAGAUAUCCAAGGAUCCUACCUUCUGCAUUGCCGGAAUUAAGCUCAUCUGCGACGGUGUCGUUGACGGAUGCACCGCCGCUCUAUCCCAGCCAUACACCAGCAAGUCAAAGCCAGAAGACCCUAUAUGGCCGGCCGAUAUGCUGAAGGAAGUCGUGCAGCGAGCUGACGCAGCAGGCCUCCAAUGUGCGAUUCACGCCAUUGGAGAUAAAGCCAUUAAUCAAGCCAUCAACGUUCUAUCGGAAGUCGGCACGCCUGGUCGCAGGCAUAGAAUCGAGCAUCUCGAAUUAACCUCCUCUGAAGACGCAAAGCGUCUCGGCCAACUAGGCAUUACUGCCUCCGUCCAGCCAGUUCACUCAGAUCCAGCCCUUUUCAAGGCAUGGCCGGAUCUGAUCGGCCGGGACAGGUGUAAACGCGCGUUUGCUUAUAAGGAGUUCAUAGACGGGGGAGCACCUCUUGCUAUUGGCACAGAUGCGCCUACCGCUCGCCACUUUCCAUUCCCGAAUCUUUACAAUGCGACUACUAGACGCUCGGCUCUUGAACCUGACUCCACUGGCACUGUGAAUCCUCAUUUCGGGCUUGGCUUGGCUGAGGCCACAGCGGCGGCUACUACAGGCGCAGCGUAUGCGCGCUUUGCGGAUUCCUGGACUGGAUCAUUGAAGGAAGGGUUGAGUGCGGACUUUUUGGUCGUGGAUAUGCAGUGGGCCCCGGACAGGCUUCUCGAGGCGAAGGUUGCUCAGACAUGGUAUAAGGGGAAGAAAGUGUAUGAUGUGGCUGCUCCAGCGGUUUAG